AUGCCGACUUUUACUGCCUCGCUUGAUCCCCUUGAUGAUGAUGCAGUACUCGUGCUCGUGGCAAUGGUCGAAGUCGUCGAUAUUGUCACGGAGGCAGCGGCGGGAGCAGGAGAAGCUGAACUUGUCACGGAGGAAAUGGUAGAAGAUAACAAGGUCGAAGUCGUAGUGAUGGAGGAGGUGGUGGAGGAAGAUGAGGUCGACGAGCUGGUCGUAGUCACUGAGCUACCAAAUGUUGUGAAAAUUGAAAUGGAGCCGGCGAGAAAAAAGGCCCCGUUCCCAGUCUGGCAGUCGCAUGUGGUGACAUUGGCAGAUUCGCAGCAGUACUUGGUUCCCCCGCAGGCCACAAACGCCGGCGUCCGGUAG